AUCAUCCUACAGAAAGACCAAUUUGGGAUAAAAUUAGGGAUUUUAGAGACAGUGAUUGCGAGAAAAUUGUUGUGUAGGAUAGAAAAACAUUUGAGUUUUUCAACAAUCUAGUCAAUGAUUAUGUAAUGAACCGUGACAAUGGCGUGAUUAAUUUGCUGAAAUCUGAAUGGGGAUUUCUGUGUAAAACCGCAAACGAAUAUUGCAUAGAAGCCUUCAAAGAUUUCCAAUUUCUGAGGCAGAUUCAAUUAGCCUUUUGGAUGAUAUCAUUCAGACUUUGUGGUAUGGUGCAGGUGGAGUUUGUUGAAUGAUAAGACAGGGAGAAAGAUACUUCUGUGAAUAUGUCAAGAAUUGCAGAUCUUCCAGGGAUUGAUUGCUGCUCAUGGGAGUGCGUCCGGUGUGACCGGUAUACUGGUUAUGUCAGGGGCCUUGAUCUUAGCAGUAGUUGUCUUUUUGGUUCUAUCAAUUCCAGCAGCAGUCUUUUCCGCCUUGGUCAUCUUCAAUAUCUCAACCUUGCCUUCAAUGACUUCAAUUAUUCAGAGAUACCUGCUGUAUUGGGUAAUCAUUCCAGGUUAACUUAUCUCAACCUCUCUAGUUCUUUCUUUUCUAGUCAAAUACCACAAGAAAUUUCAAAACUCUUCAAGUUAGCUAAGCUUGAUCUUUCUUUCAAUCUUGAUUAUUCACACCAAGCUAGGAUUGUUGAAACUCAAUAGGCCUGAUUUAAACAGCCUAACUCAAAACUUAACCAGGCUAGAAUGGCUUGACCAUUCUUCAGUUAGUGUAAAUUCUCCAAUACCUGAGGCCCUGGCAAAUAUUUCA